AUGUCACUUGGGAGAGUCUUCUUCUGUUUUGUUUUUUAUCAUUUUUUUAAAACUACUCAUUCUGUGGCUAAUGGUAACAACAAGGAAAAACUUAUCGUUCGAAACUUUGACAUAAGUGCAAAAGGAAAGUUUUUCUCUAAACCCGGCAGUCUUUUGUCCAACCAAACAACCAAAAGCACUAAAGAAUGCUGCUUCAAGUGCGUACAAAACAAGGAAUGCUUGUCAGUGAAUACCAUUGCUUUGGAUCAAUCGCGAUGUCAAUGUGAGCUUCUUAACUGGGCAGGAACCGGAUUUGAAAACCAACUUGUAUCGAAAACCAACUCAAGGUUUAUGCAGAUGCAGACAUCGUGUUCUCCAAAUCCUUGUCAAAAUGGAGGACAGUGCACCGUGAAAGAUCGAGGAACAAACUACACCUGUACUUGUGUUGGCCGCACUGGAAGAAAUUGUGAAGAAAAAUGCGUGCUAUUUGACUUUGAAAGUGGGCGACUUGAGGGUUGGAACCUGACAGGAACAGCAUUCAACAAUCAGCCAACCUAUGGCGAUAACACUCUAGCUCGAGGAAAGCCUUCUGCAAAUCUUAAAGGAAAAUGGUUUGUUGGAACGUUUGAAGACAGACCCAGUCCUUCUCAUCCGGCAGCCGGACAACAAGGAAAUGGACCUACUGGCACAGCCACCUCACCAACAUUUGUAAUUCGAGGAACAAAGCUAAGGUUCCUGAUUGGUGGAGAAUCUAACAUAAAUACUGAACGACUAGAACUGCUGAUUGGUGGAUCUGUUGUUGCCAAGGCAACGUCGACACAAAGUGACCAUCCAAUGACAAUGAAAAGCUUUGACGUAACAGCAUAUAAAGGAAAAGAGGCUAGGGUACGAUUGGUGGACAUGUCAUCCGGAUCUUGGGGCCUUCUCAAUGUUGAUCAAAUUGAAGACAGCUACUGCUCGGAAUAAACUCGCAACUACAGCUACUGGAACAUUAUCCGCCUAUUGCACCCAAUUUGCACCUUGUUUUUACUGGUAGUUCAAAAUUAUUGCUUCAUAUUACGGCCAAUUAAUUAUUGCUGAGCAAAUUGGCGGACAAAGCAAUCA